AUGCCUGGCGUGAUUCAAUUCCUUCGAGGCCAAUUCUCAACUCCGCCCAUGCCCCAAGUUGAUUUGACCGGGCGCACUAUCUUGAUCACGGGAGCCAAUUCUGGCCUUGGUCUUGAUGCGGCCAAGCUGUUGGCCCAGCUGAAUUGUGGUACAGUUGUGCUCGCAUGUCGAAGCAUAGCGAAGGGAGAAAGCGCCAGAGAAAUCGUGCAGUCUGUGUCAAGCUCAAAGGGACAAAAGCCGACCGUCGUCGUCGUGGAAUUGGACUUGACCUCCUUUUCGAGCGUUUUGGCUUUCUCGGAGCGAUGCAAAGAACUUCCACGACUGGACGGAGCCAUUCUCAAUGCCGGCGUCUACCUCUCCGAGUUUACACUGGCGGAAGGCUACGAGGCCACCAUCACGGUGAACGUCAUCUCCACAUUUCUACUAGCCACCUUGCUAGUGCCGACACUCCGCCGCUCUGCAAAGAACUACGACAUCACCCCAACCAUUGCCGUUGUGGGAUCGGCGGUACAUUUCUGGGCCAAUGACAAAGAUCUCACUGGACCCGCGGAGGGACGAAUUCUGAAGUCUCUUUCUGAUCCAAAGACAGCAGAUAUGAAAGGCCGCUACUUCCUCAGCAAGCUCCCUGCGAUGCUACUCGUGAAAUAUCUGGCGUCGGUUCUGGAAAAGUCGGCACAAGAAGAUCCGAAUGGCAAGCCGCUGGUGGUCAUCAACUACGUGGCGCCCGGGUUGUGCGCGACCAACCUCUUCCGAACACAUACGGAAACAUCUACAAAAGUCUUGGUCAAAGUGAUGGGACGCCCGAGUGAAUACGGAGCUCGAACGUUGGUACAUGCUGGUACAGCAGGGAAGGAAACCCAUGGCCAAUACCUGAGUGAGUGCGAAGUCAAGAAGUACAGUGCAUUUGUCAAGAGCGCGGAGGGUGACCGGACAGCAAAGACUCUAUGGAAUGAAUUGAGUGCUGUCUACGAAGAUGUCAACCCAGGCUGCACAAAGGAAUUGUGA